CACUGUCAAAUCAAACUGUAUACAUACAAGACAGGCAGUAGCAAAGCAGAUAGGCGAAACAGCGUAAGGCAGCCAAGAAACUCAAAGGAGAGAAACAAAUACGCUUUCGUGGCAGAUCUUCAAGAGGCCCCCAUUGUCACGGUCAUCGCCAAUCAGAUACGCUUCUAGUGGUGCAGCGCGCCAGCAGCAAUGUUUCAAAAAUGUAAAAAUAAAACCAUGCGCCCUGAGGAUGCCCUGGCACUAGUUAGAAAGAACUUUUUGUGUGGGACGCCUAUUAAUCAGAUAGAUUGGCACGGUCUUUUGGACGACAUCAAUUGGGACGAGCAGGAAGAAUUAUUAAACCAAACGGUGAACAAUACCCUAGUAGUUCAGUAUCCUUUAAAGUUAGGAUACCAAGUAGCAUUUUUAAAGCAUAUUAUACACCAUCUGAAUAAGAUGAACAUAGAACAGCACGACCAGCUCUACGAAAGGUACUGCGGAUUACUAAGCCAAUCAGGAAUGGAGGACCAAGCUGGAUUCAGUUACAAACAUUACGAGUUACCUGGAAAUGAUGUGAUUACCUUGAAAGAAUCGUCUGCGUUCAUAUCGGAGGGUACAACGGGGUUAUGUAGUUGGCAAGCCUCGAAGGCUUUGUGUGAGUUUAUUACAAAUAAUCUAGAGGACUUUCAUGGCAAAAAUAUACUGGAACUCGGCUCAGGUGUAGGAUUAACUGGAAUAUUCAUGGCGAAACAUUGUGAACCAUCGAUGAUAGUUCUCUCAGAUUACCACAGCUCGGUAGUUGGGACGCUAAAGCAAAACGUUGAGUUGAACUUCCCCAAGGGCGCAAAGGUCGAAACUGACAACCCAUUGGUAAAAUGUUUGGUCGAUAAUGGAGAUUCAAUAGUCGCUGUGAUGGAUCUGGAUUGGAGUUAUAUCAAUGCAUCUAACAUUAACCAGCUAAUCGAACCGGAUGUCCUCGUCGGAGCGGAUAUCGUGUAUGACCAUGCCCUGUUUCAACCUUUACUCAUCGCUAUAAACUACGUAUUCGCACUCACGAACAAUAAGUGCAAAUUCGUUCUGUCAUGCACCGAACGCAACCAAGAUACGCUGAACGACUUUUUGGAAAUGCUAGUGACUGCCAAGUUCCGAAUCAAUGAAGAGGCGGUCUGCUCUCCGAAGCAUUUCCAAUGGGAUGCCACCGCUUCGAGGAUCAGAAUAUUCUCCAUUACGCGUGAUUGGAGCUUUCAAUAAAUCGACCCACUAAGCGAACGUGUACAACUUUUUCAAACAAUGUUCAACUUUCCUCAAAUCUACCUACAGCAUACUAUAUAUAUAUAAUAUAUUCAUCAGGUUCCUUCCAUAAGCAAGUCCGUGCAUCUUUUCUAUUAAAGUUUUGAACUUUUACAGCUUUGGGCCUUAGGUCACCUAGCGUCGUUUUAUUGCUUUUCCAGUAGGAUCUAGAAGUAGUUUACACUUUUCACGUUGUGUUUAGAGAAAUGGUACAAAGUAGUUGUCGGAAAUAAAACACAAGCAAAGCAAAAA